CAGUGGCGUCCUUGGAGUCGCCACGGUUGCUCCUCCUCCCGCAGAGGCGGCGUGGCCUGCAUUGAAUCCGCAGCAUGGGGGACACGUUGGAUGAACCGUGGUGGGAACCACGUGAAGGGAGCAACAACAGUCCAGAGCCUUCUGGUGAUGAGUCCUUGGAAGAAGAUGCUAGCACAAGCAAAACAAUUCAGCAACGUCCCAAUCCAAAGCUUGUGUCUUCACAGAAAAGAAAACAGCCUACAGAAUGCAUCCUCCCUGCAGAGAGAGAGGAGCCUAAGGAUAAAAAGGAACCUGAAGUGAAACCAAAGAGGAAAAGAAAGAAGAAAAUUUCUGAUUUUCUUGCAAAAUCAUCUCCAAAACCAGGAACCCCUGCAGACUUACAGAAACUGCUCAAUGAACAUUUUGGUGCUAAACGUUCGGUGAUUGAACUAGAAGAAUUAAAAUUACCAGAUGCCUGUUUCCUCCCCGCCAAUGACCUCACCCACAGUUUUUCUUCCUAUCUGAAAGAGAUCUGCCCCAAGUGGGCGAAGCUCCGUAAAAACCACACAGAGAAGUCGUCAGUGGUGAUGCUGAUAAUCUGCAGCUCUGCCCUCCGCUGUCUGGAACUCAUCAAGUCAAUGACAGCAUUUAAAGGAGAUGGGAAAAUUAUUAAAUUGUUUGCAAAACACAUAAAGAUACAAGAACAGGUGAAGAUGCUGGAAAAAGGUGUUGUCCAUGUUGGUGUUGGAACACCUGGAAGGAUAAAAGCACUCAUAGAGCAAGAUGGCCUUUGCCUGACACCCUUGAAGUAUCUCGUCUUAGACUGGAAUUGGAGAGAUCAGAAGUUAAGAAGACUAGUUGACAUCCCUGAGAUAAGGAAAGAAACCAUUGAACUUCUGGAACUGGGGCUGAUCAGACUGUGCAGAGAGAGCUCUGUAAAGUUGGGUCUCUUUUAAUGAUCAUUUUCGAAGCCGAAUUCAACUCCUUCUCCAGUCUGCUGCUUUUCCAUUUUGAAAUGCCCAGAGCAGAAAUAAAUGUUGGGUCUUUUUGUCAUGUCAAUUCUUUUCUAAUAAAGUACCCUUUUGCACUGUGUCCUCUA